AUGAGUGAGCUGAAGGACUGCCCGCUGCAGUUCCACGACUUCAAAUCAGUGGACCACGUGAAGGUGUGCCCGCGGUACACGGCUGUCCUGGCCCGCUCUGAGGACGACGGCAUCGGCAUCGAGGAGUUGGACACACUACAGCUUGAGCUGGAGACGCUGCUCUCCUCCGCAAGCCGCCGCCUCCGCGUCCUGGAGGCUGAGACCCAGAUCCUGACGGACUGGCAGGAUAAGAAGGGUGACCGGCGGUUCCUGAAGCUGAGCAAGGACCAUGACGUGGGCACCUCUGUCAAGCACGGGAAGCCCAAGAAGCAGAAGCUGGAGGGCAAAGGGGGCCACGGGACCGGGCCUGGACCUGGCCGGCCCAAGUCCAAGAACCUGCAGCCCAAGAUCCAGGAAUAUGAGUUCCAGGAUGAUCCCAUUGAUGUGCCCCGCAUUCCCAAAAAUGAUGCUCCAAACAG